CCCGCCGCCCCCCGCCGCCCCAUGGGCCACAGCUGAUCGUCGCCCGGCUGCCGGCCGCGCCCCGGGCAGGAGCGAGGCGGGCGGAGCGACCCGGCCGGCGUCCACCCCCACCCCCCCACCCCCCUCCCCCCCUCCGCGGCCCCGGAGCCCUCGGCGGCCCCCGCCGGGGGUGACGGCGGCGGCGGCGGACUCGGGGCGCCCUCGCCCCUGCGGGCUCCGGCGGGGGGAGGAUGCCUGGGGCGGGGAUGGGUUUUCGCCCGUAGCUCCCCGCGCCCCCCCGCUUCCUUCCGCCCCCUCUCGCCUCCCAGCGGCGGCGGGGGCGGCGCGGCCCCGUUCCCCGAGGGGGGCUGUCGCUCGGCUCCCUUCGGCCCGGCGGCGCCCAUAUGGGGGGCAAGCAGAGCACGGCGGCCCGUUCGCGGGGCCCUUUCCCGGGGGUGUCGACGGAUGACAGCGCCGUGCCGCCACCGGGAGGGGGGAGGCCGCCCCCCUUCGGCCAUUACCGGGCGGGCGGCGGCGGCGGCGCCAUGGGGCUGCGCAGCCGCUCCGUCAGCUCGGUGGCCGGCAUGGGCAUGGACCCCGCGGCCGCCGGCGCCGUCCCCUUCGGGCUGUACGCGGCGGCGGCGCGGGCGGCGGGGGAGGCCGAGCGGGCCCCGGGCGGCGGCGGCGGCGGCGGCCCGGGCUCCGAUUCCACGUACGCCCAUGGCAACGGUUACCAGGAGACGGGAGGCGGUCACCAUAGAGACGGGAUGCUGUACCUGGGCGCCAGGGCCUCGCUGGCCGACGCGCUGCCCCUCCACAUCGCACCGCGGUGGUUCAGCUCGCACAGCGGUUUCAAGUGCCCCAUUUGCUCCAAAUCCGUGGCUUCUGAUGAGAUGGAAAUGCACUUUAUCAUGUGUCUGAGCAAACCUCGCCUCUCCUACAACGAUGACGUGCUGACCAAGGAUGCUGGCGAGUGCGUGAUCUGCCUGGAGGAGCUGCUGCAGGGGGACACGAUAGCCAGGCUGCCCUGCCUCUGCAUCUACCACAAAAGCUGUAUAGACUCAUGGUUUGAAGUGAACAGAUCUUGCCCGGAGCAUCCUUCUGAUUGACCCUCCGGGCGUGCUUGCUGAAUUCUCUAAGAUUUUUGAAAGAAAAACAAAAAUGAAAAAGAAACAUCCAGGAGAAGACAGUGUGAGAAAAGUGGAGCGACCUGCUCUCCCUUCCACAGCCGCUGGUCACCAGGAGAGCUCUGCCCACCAGGGACACCCUCUGCCGACACCGUGCCAUGAUGUUUGGCUUUAGUCCCGGCACGGAAGGGGAAAGCCGCCGGGGCACAGCCGGCCAAACGGAGCGUAUUCGCGGCGUUUCUCACCGGCACCCCCCCAACCUCCCACCUGGACUUGCUCGGGGGCUCUGCUCGGUUUUUUUUGCACUGACUAAACGAGAAUUUCUCCUCUCUCUCUUUCUCUCUCCCUUUUGGAGAUGUCCGGCCCAGCCCCGGCAGCGUGAGGCGGGGACUGUGCCCCACGCCGGGAGCGAGGCCCCUGCUCCCCCCUGCCGAGCGCAGGCUCCUUCUUUCAAGUGUUUACAACGCGAGAAAAAACAACAAAAAAAGACACAAAAAAAAAAGAGGAAAAAAAAAGAAAACUGACAAAAAAACUAAAAAAAAACCCAACAAAAACCCAACCAACCGACAAACCACAACUGAAGCUUUGUGUUGACUGGCGUGUUCUUCGGUUUGAGCUUCCCUGCCCCGGUGAUGUUUACAGACUGGUCACUCUUUAACUCAGCUAUAACCACUCAGAGACUGGAGAGCCGCAGCAGCAUCCCCGCCGCCCCCUCCCCACGCCCCCCUCUUGCCAAAACCGCCCCGACCCCCCCCACCCUUCCUUUUUCUUUCCAUCACCUUUGAGUUGAACCCUUUCCAGGAGGGGACGGGGGAAGCACCCAUGGUGCCCCCCUCACACCCCCGGCCACGGGAGUGGCUUUGCUGGAGGUGCCAAGAGGGGCUUGUUUUGUGGCAGUGCCCCCCAGCCCAGCCCGGCGCUCCCGGCACGUUUCCCUGCGUGGGACCUGCCCUGCCAGCGGCCGUGCCCUGCGGGAACCUUUCUGUAUUUAUACCGUAAAACCAACGGGGGAAAAACCAACGAAGAGUUCAGAGCUUGGGGGGAGCUUCCUUCAUUAGUCAAGGUGUUUUGAUAUGGUAUUAAAACAAUGUUCAAUAAAAUAUUCACUGUUAUUUUA